UGUACCCUUUAGUGAAAGAAUUCGGCUCCUAGCGAGAAAGUUACCUGUGGCCGCCCAAGUCCGCCACUUUUCGCCCGCUCUGUGCCUCCCCUUUGCCACCAGCGAGGAGAAGCCAGCAGCACCCCGCCGACUCCGAGCUCUUGCCACAUGUGAGGGGGGCCCGCUCCUUAUCACACCUUUCCGGCUAGGUGAGGGAGCGAGCGAGGGAGAGUGGUUGAGGGGGAACGGAAAAGCAGAAUUACCUGUACCUCUUGUUCUGCCAUCUCGGGCGCUCGCACACACCUUCACCUGCACAGACUUGAAAGUCCAGUUUCGCCAGAGACUGAGGCACCAGGAAAAGGGGAGAGAGUUCAUUGGAUCAAACAUGUCACAAGAGUCGGACAAUAAUAAACGACUCGUUGCUUUAGUGCCGAUGCCAAAUGACACACCAUUCCAUGCCCGCCGGGCUUACACCAGUGAGGAUGAAGCCUGGAAAUCCUACCUUGAAAAUCCCCUGACUGCUGCAACCAAGGCGAUGAUGAGUAUCAAUGGAGAUGAAGACAGUGCUGCUGCUUUGGGCUUACUGUAUGAUUAUUACAAGGUUCCUCGAGAUAAAAGGUUGCUCACUGUUUGCAAAGCUACUGACAGUCAAGAAGAUCAAGAUAAAAGAAACUGCCUUGGGACUAGUGAAGCCCAGAGCAACCUGAGUGGAGGAGGAGAAAACCGAGUACAGGUCUUAAAAACUGUUCCAGUUAACCUUUCUUUGAACCAAGAUCACCUGGAGACCUUAAAAAGGGAACAGUACAGUGCAAAUGUGUCUGAGGGUUCAGCAGGCUGUGUGGCAGGAGUAGUGGUGGUGAAGGCUGAAGAGUUUACGCCCGUCUUCAUGGCCCCCUCUGUGCAGUACCCCAGAGGAGAAAGUGAGGAGCCCCGUGGUGUCAUCUUUGAGCAAAAUCAGUAUGAAGUACCCAGCAUGGCUCCCCAUGCCAACUAUCUCAAGGAUGACCAGAGAAGCACACCAGACAGCACUUACAGUGAGACUUUCAAAGAUGGCGCUACAGAGAAAUAUCGGAGUGCUUCAGUGGGGGCCGAAGAAUACAUUUAUGAACAAACAGCAAGUAGCACAUUUCAGUAUACUUUGGAAGCUACCAAAUCCCUACGUCAGAAGCAAGGAGAGGGACCCAUGACUUAUCUAAACAAAGGACAAUUCUAUGCUAUCACCCUGAGUGAGACAGGAGACAACAAGUGCUUCAGACAUCCCAUCAGCAAAGUCAGGAGUGUGGUGAUGGUUGUAUUCAGUGAAGACAAAAAUCGAGACGAGCAGUUGAAGUACUGGAAGUAUUGGCACUCUCGGCAGCAUACGGCUAAGCAAAGGGUACUUGACAUUGCUGACUACAAGGAAAGUUUUAAUACAAUUGGAAACAUUGAAGAAAUUGCGUACAAUGCUGUUUCUUUCACCUGGGAUGUCAACGAAGAGGCAAAAAUUUUCAUCACUGUGAAUUGCCUAAGUACAGACUUCUCCUCCCAAAAAGGGGUGAAAGGGCUUCCUCUGAUGAUUCAGAUCGACACGUACAGUUACAACAAUCGAAGCAAUAAACCCAUUCACAGAGCGUACUGCCAGAUCAAGGUCUUCUGUGACAAGGGAGCAGAAAGAAAAAUCCGUGAUGAAGAGAGGAAGCAGAACAGAAAGAAAGGAAAAGGCCAAGCAGCGCAAACCCAGUGCAACAACUCCACUGAUGGGAAGUUGACAGCAAUACCCUUACAAAAAAAGAGCGACAUCACCUACUUCAAGACAAUGACUGACUUGGAUUCCCAGCCCGUUCUCUUCAUACCAGAUGUUCAUUUUGGAAACUUACAGAGGACUGGGCAGGCAUAUUACAACACUGAUGACGAGCGAGAAGGUAGCAGUGUCCUUGUUAAAAGGAUGUUCAGGCCAAUGGAGGAAGAGUUUGGUCCACCACCUUCUAAGCAGAUGAAAGAAGAAGGAAUGAAGAGAGUGCUUUUGUACGUGAGGAAAGAGACUGACGAUGUGUUUGACGCUUUGAUGUUAAAAUCGCCCACAGUAAAAGGACUAAUGGAAGCGAUAUCUGAGAAAUAUGGGUUGCCAGUAGAGAAGAUUGCAAAACUUUACAAGAAAAGCAAAAAAGGCAUCUUGGUUAACAUGGAUGAUAACAUCAUUGAGCACUACUCCAAUGAGGACACCUUCAUCCUUAACAUGGAGAGCAUGGUGGACGGCUUCAAGAUCACUUUGAUGGAGAUCUGACUGACCCUGCAAGCCCCCUCUGCAGGAACCGUCAAUGCAUUUCAUCCCCAGAAAAAAGCAUGCCCCACCCCACCCCCAAGAACCCUGCAGACCCAAGUCACCCAUCUGAGAAAUGCUGUUACAAGACUGCUUUGGGGAGGGGAAACAAAGGAAAAAAUGCCCUUUUUAGUGUUGUGGGGCCUUUUGGCUCAUUAAUCAGGUCGCUGGGGCAGAGCUGAAGGAGGCCUGGUUUUCUGAUAGAACCCUAGCUGGGAAGGCACCUCUAGCCCCUUGGCUCUUUAUUUAUUGCCCACCACUAUCCAGAGUCAGCUGGUGCCUGGGCUCUAUAGGUCAUUCCUGGGUAUGGAGUGACCCAUCUUCAAAAUGAGGUAGUCUAGGGCCUUCCCCACUGAGGGAAAAGCAUCGCUUGGUUCAGCUGGGGGAGGCUGGAACGUUUUAGUUAUUCCCCUUUCCCCCUGCGUGGCUGGACAAAGUGGGCUACUCCAUGGUAGAAUUAACCCAGGUGGUGCAAAGAAUCCAACAGUUGCAUUCGCCAGUCAGAAACCCCCUUUCUUUGCCCUGGGGAAGGCAGUCUUGUCAAAUACCUCUGGAAGCUCCCAGCAAGUGGCCCACAGGGACUUGUACAGAAAGAUGUUCAGCUACCAUGUAAUUUGUAAGUGACCUGAAAAGUAUGCCUCUUUAGCAUCUGUACAUAAUGUUUAUAAUAUUGCAAUAAUAUAUUUUACCUACUGUAUGUGGGCACGUUUACUGCCACUGUAUUUGGGGGGUGGGGUGCAUGCCCUGAGGUUCGCCUUUCUUCAAGAGCUUUCAUCCUGCCCCUCCCCCAGGGAUGGUGUUGGGCAGCAGAUGUGGCCUGAAGUUGAGUAGGGUUCCUGGGCUGUGAGCCCAAGAAUUUGCUGCCAGUGGAUGAGCUAGUCUCUAUGCAGCCUCUCCCCUGGGACUCUUUCCCUGUCCUCAGGGAGUUCCCCUUCCCUAAGCAUUACUAUGUUCCCUUUCACUGGACCUAUUGCAUGCACCCACUGAUUAUGUUCUUUCAUGUCCCCUUACUACUGGGUCUCCUUGUCCCUUUCCAGUGUGCUGAUGCCAGAAACCCUGCAAGCAUGUGGGGGUCCCUCACAGUACCAACCCCAUGGCCCAUCAAGUCACUGCAGGGUUUGUACCAGACUGUAACAUGCUAUUCCAUGCGCCUUAUUGGUUGAUUUUUUUCAUUUAAAUUAGCCAUGUUUUUUAUCAUUGCCCAGGAGUCCUUAUUCCCGGGGCCUGACCACCAGAACAAGCUCUUAGGUGUAACUGGACCUCGUCAACACAGGCACUUGUAAGGGUUAGAUUUAACUCUGUCUCCUGCCAUUGGCAUCAGAUGCUACGAAAGUGAGUGAAACUAUAAAGGUCCCUUUACCUCCCGAGCUGUACUCUUUUACUCUGGGAAUCCUUUUCAAAAACAAUGAUGCGGUCUGGGGAGAGAGCGCCUGGGAAAUUAAGAGGAAGAGAAACGUUUUGAUAGAUGCUCUCUUAAAACAGCAAGCAAAUCUGAGCAUGUGCUUCAGUAAACAUGCUCUCUGUGAUUGGCCGGAGAGUCCAGAGCACUGAACUCCUGGAAUGAGGAGAGUGGACUUUGUGUCCCCGGUACGAACUUCUUAGUGUUCCCCCUGCCUCAGUUUCCCUUUGUCUGGCCACUGGAUGCCACACACGAAGCACUUCGAGGUCUUCACUGGAGGGCACCCUGGAUUUCAAGUGCUGGUAAUGGGCAUUGCAAGCCAGUACAAUGAACCAUACCUAACCCCUCCACGGAACUGCCCCAAAUCUGCAUCCUGAUCCUCUCUGACCUGUCUUCUGCUCCCACUUAAGUUUUCCCAGUUGGAAAGUCUCCCAGUCCGGCUUGCUUCUCUUUUAUCAGGGAACAAUAUUGAAAAGAGCACAGAUUGUGCCUAAGAAUGGGGAGUGGGUAGACAGGAAGAUAAGGUGAUAACUCAGCUUUCUGUGUUUCCCUUGCAAACCUGUUAACCUUUCGCUGUGGCCAUCCAGAGAAAGGAAAAAAAAAAACCUAAUCAAGCAUACCACUAUAUCCUAGACAGAUUCAUUUACACAGCAGGUCAUAUCACAUCCUCCUUUUUCCCUGGUGACUUUGAUGUCACUUAACACAUGAAGCUGACUGAUGCCACACCUGGUUCGUCUCACCAAGAGUACUUCUAAACCUAUUGAUGAAAAAAAAUCUCAAAUGAAAAAAGAUAUGAUUUUUAUUUCACAAGCUCCUUGAGAGCAUCCAUAUAACUUGUCUGCAUGAAUGUUUAAGUCCCAAACUCCUGGGAGCAGCACUAGCUUUGUCCUAGCCACUGCAGGCAUUUUAGUGACUACUUUCUUGAAGGAGAAUUAGAAUCUACCUGCUAUUUACCUUUCCCAUUCUGUGGUGCAGACCUUGACUAGCCAGUUCUAAAAUGCCAUCUUCUGGUACCACUACAACCACUAGCAACCAUCAGGGAUGGUUUCCUGUUGGUGAGAAUGUGGCCCAGAACACUACAGUAGCUAUUCUUGGAUGAAAAUUUGUAUAACUUGUUCCCCAAAGAAAUAGUGACCAGUGUGUCUUCAGAGGUUCUGAGUGGGUCCACGGGCUUGUUCCAUUACUUUCCCUAGACAUCACAGCAUGUUACAGGCAGCCAUCAGCAUCCAAUCCCCUCCCCUCCCUGCUUCCAUCCCACAGGCCCUUCCCUCUUCUCCAUGCCCAGGCCUCUCUGCUGCUUCCUCCUCUAAAGGAAAAGCUCAUGGACUAGUUUGGAUGUGCCUUUUACGGAACACAUUAGCAGUGCUUUGAUAAAUUACAAGUGUCAGAAAUUAACGGGCAAAAAGCACUCCAGAAACACAGAAGAACUUGACCCUUCUUCCUGUCUUAUUUGUCACUUUCAAACAGACACUAAGUUUUUGAUCAAUGGACCAUGGAGGCACUUGAAGCAAGUGCUUAACUUGUUUACGCUAAGCUGUUUAAACCCAUGCCACGGCGGGUUUGGAAAUCGGGCUGUUGGGGAAAUGCCGUCUGAUUUUCCUUCAGAGCCAUCCCCCAGGUGGCACCUAUGCAUUCAUACCAGCCUCUGCAGAGAUGCAGGAUGUGGAUGACAUGGAUGGAAUGUUUAAAUUCUUCCCUUUAUUUAAAAUUUCUCGAACUCAACAGAAACAGGAGGGUUUGUGCCAAAUUCUGUGAAAGGCCCUUUCUUCAUGGCAAGCAAAAGAAGCAUUGUAUACAAUUUGCUUUCAUGUUAAAAAAAAAAAAUAAAACAGAACACACCAAUAGCCUAUGUAACUUAAUAGUUUUGUAAAUGGGAGAGGGGGAAUCUAUAAACUAAAAAUACAAUUAUUUUAUUUUUUGUACAUUUUUAAGAAGAAAAAUAAAUAUUCAUAAUGUAAGAGUGAA